AUGGAAGGAAAUACUGAUCCUUCUCACAAGGCAAUAUCAACAGAUACUAAUUUGCAAGCACAAGAGGAUUCACAUGAUGAAGUUCUUUCAUCGAAAUUUCCGGACAAUAUCACUCCUUCGAAUCCCGGAUUUGGGUCAAUAUCAUUUGGUGACACUCCAUCACGAACAUAUCAAUAUAGUGAUCAAUUGAUGCUGCGAGACGAUAGCCUCAAUGAACAUUCUCAACAAUUAACGCCAUUUCUUGGUGAAGAAAAUAUAGAAGAAGAAGGUAAUGAAGAAUAUGUAGAAAUGUUGGAUGUCUCUCGAAGACAAAGUUUGGCCAUCGAACCUUCAUCAGAUGUGGAGAACGAUCGAGAGGACUAUUUUGAGAAUUUCGAUAAAGUUGAUGAUGACACAACAGCCGACAUACACCAAAAAUCACAAGGGGACACUCGUAUUCAUUUUGACGAUCCUGAUCACGAACAUUCGAAUAAAAAUACCAAGUCUCGAAGGGAAACAUCUAAAAGUCUCAGAAGAAUGAGCAGUCUUCUUACAAGGGUUUCCAGUCGUGUUGUUAAUAUAAGCAACUUAACGAGGGAACAACUCCAAAAGGUCGAUGAGCACAUUCUGGAAGAUUUUAAACCAAAACGACAGAGUCGCUUUAGAAAAUCAUCCGAACGGAAUUCAGUGAUCAAUUAUGAGAAGAUUUCUCAAAAACUACCAAUUACCAGUGAACUGCCGAAGAACAAAAAUUCAACAACAAAUCCUCUUAGUGGGAAUGCACUUUUGAUUUUUGGUCCUGAUCACCCCAUAAGAAGGAGUCUUUAUGUGAUCUUGAGUAACCCGUGGACGGAAACAUUUAUACUAGGUCUGAUUAUAACAAAUAUUAUAUUAUGGAUUGUCGACAAUUGGGCUCCUCCUCCUAUCGGUGUAAAUAAUCCUCGACGAACAAAAUGGGGAAGCUCUGCAAUUGACUAUGCUUUACUAGCAAUAUUCAUUAUAUACACAUUUGAAAUACUUUGUCGGAUAGUGGUAUCUGGAUUUAUCAUUAAUCCUGAAAUAGAGAGAACAGAUAACGUGGCACAGUCAAAAUCUGAGUCAGCGGAAAAUGCUAAAAGUAAUCAACAUACACGUUCAAUUAAAAGGCAUUCUGCAUAUCUUAGGCACACCUUCAACAGACUAGAUAUGGUAGCCGUGACGUGUUAUUGGAUAGACCUAGCGCUUACCUUUUCCGGAGUGAAUCAUUUUUUUAUUUUUAAAGCAUUGUCUACUCUUAGAAGUCUCAGACUCCUUGCAAUUAGUAGCGGUGGAUCUACAAUAUUACAAUCUUUGAAAAAAAGCGCCCCACUACUCUUAAACGUAACUUAUUUUAUCGGGUUCUUUUUUGUUCUCCUUAGCAUCAUAGGUGUGCAGGCCUUCAAAGGAUCAUUGCAGAGACGAUGUGUAUGGGUUGAUCCAAGCGGUUCAAACAAUUAUACCUUGGAAACUCAAUAUUGCGGGGGUUAUCAUCAGAACGGCACAUCUCAUCCAUUUAUCGGUUCACCCGUUCAAUAUGCCAAAGGAUAUAUUUGUCCCGAGGGUCAAGUUUGUAUGGAAGUUGGGAAUCCACAUAAUGGAUUGUAUACUUUUGAUAAUGUUGGUUACUCCAUGAUCCUAAUGUUUCUUGUCGCUUCAACAUCGAAUUGGACAGACCUUAUGUAUAUUAUUAUGGAUUCUGAAUUUGGAUGGUCCAGCAUCUUUUUUGUGACAGGAAUUGUCAUACUGAAUUUUUGGCUGCUCAACUUAUUCGUGGCCGUCAUUACAAGCAUGUUUGCAAAGAUUCGAGAGGAUAAUGCUUCUCGUUCGGCUUUCACACUAUCAAAAUCUACUCCCGUACUAUUAGAAGAAGAAGAAGGUUGGACCAUACAAAAUGGUCGCCAAAAAUCAUCUAAUUGGCUGAGUCGUUUUAUGGAGCAAACGAAAUACUGGUGGAUUGUGCUCAUAUUUAUCGAUAUAUUUGUCAUGGCGUACAGGUCUUCUUCUAUGACCAGUGAUUUUGCCGAAUUUUUGGAUCGCACUGAAUUGGCAUUCACAAUAAUUUUUGCAGUAGAAAUAAUUUUAAGACUUCUCUCAUACACCCCAAAAUACUAUUUAUUCUUUCAUUCCAACAAAGAAACUGUUGAUCUGUUAUUAGCUAUAGUAACAUGCAUCAUCCAGAUUCCCGUCAUUAAGAAUUCAACCGCCUAUCCAUAUCUGACAGCAUUUCAGAUUGUUAGGGUAUAUCGUGUUGUAAUCGCGGUUCCUCGAUUAAGAAAUAUGUUGAUCAACGUUUUGGGCAGCGUCGCUGGUAUUGCUAAUCUUAUUUUAUUCAUUCUAAUGGUGAACUUAAUUGCUGCCAUAUCCGGUCUUCUACUGUUGCAAGGUGACAUUCCAAAUGACGGCAUCAAUUUAAUGACAUUUGCGGAUAUUUUUAAUAGCUUUAUCGCAUUCUAUCAGCUUUUUUCCGGAUCAGAUUGGACCAACGUGUUUAACAAUGUGUUGGAGUAUGAUUCAAAAGCUGGGUCCACGUUAUCGGCUAUCAUUGCAGCGCUAUUUCUUUUGACAUACCUCAGUGUGUCCAAUUUUAUACUUUUGAAUAUGUUUGUCGCUGUGAUAGCGGAGAAUUUCGAAAUUGCUGAAGAGGAGAAACACAAGAUACAGGUUCAAGAAUUCCGGCAAAAAUCUGAUCCGUCAGUGAAAAAAGAUGAAGCAAUUUAUAGAUGGAACUUUUAUAGAUAUUUCAAAGCCAAACCAAAAGCUAUAUCGGUGGAAAGCAUACCUUCGAACCUAAUUUUGCAGACGCAAAAAAGUCGCGUCUGGGAUUUUCUUAAAGAUAAUCAGGAUGAUGGAAAAAAGAACCAUUCAACAAAGAAUUUGAUGGAGCCUACAAAUAAUUUCAUUAUUCGGAUCAAAAGAUUUUUUGGUUACAAUGUCGAAGAUGACGAGAUUGCUCUAAUUGAACAAAAAGUCGAGAGGCCAAGUCUGCAGUACGAAGAAACUAAAGGAAUUACGGAAAAUAAAAAUCUACUUGCAACGCCAGUCGCAGGCGCCCAUACCGAAACAUAUAUUGACGAUUAUCAAGAACGUCAAGCUCUCAAAGCGGACUUUAUUGCAGCUCAUCCAGGCUAUGACACUUCACUUUGGUUAUUCUCGUCUAAUAAUCGUCUGAGAAAGUUUUGUCAAUUUCUUGUACCUCCAAGCCACGGUCGACGAAUUCGAGGCAUUCCACCUUCUCAGACGUGGAGCUUUUGUGUCAGUGCCUUCAUUUAUGUGUGUGUUGUAUCAAAUGUGGUUCUUGCCACGAUCGUUGUACCUUCCUACCAAAAACAAUAUUUUCAAGACAGAGGAGGAUUAAAACGAAUUACUUGGUUCUGGAUAACUGAUGUCGCGUUCACCGCCAUUUUUACCUUGGAGUUUCUUAUCAAGGUGAUUGCGGAUGGAUUUCUCCUGACUCCUAAUGCAUACUUGCUUAAUGUUUGGAAUAUUGUUGAUUUCUUUGUACUUUCGACUUUGUAUGCCAACGUAAUUAUUGGACCAACAAGUAGAUUUGGUGCACCAAGGAUUAUUCGAUCUUUUAAAGCACUUCGAGCGUUAAGGCUAAUUAACUUGAAUAGUGCAAUUAAAGAUACAUUUUAUGAAAUUCUUAUAGCCGGUGCCCCACGUAUCUUGGAUGCUUCUUUCUUGGCUCUUUGCUUGAUCAUACCGUUUGCCAUUUAUGGAACAAAUAUUUUCGCGGGACUUUUUUAUAAUUGCAAUGACAAUGGUUCCUCUGUCCAAAGAAACAGUGAUUGCGUGGGAGAGUACGGCGCAUCAACUUUUUAUUGGACUUACCCAGUACCAAGAGUGUGGGAUAAUCCAUACGAGUACAGUUUUGAUUCGUUCAAGGAUAGCUUACUGAUUCUUUUUGAAGGCGUCUCGGGAGAGGGAUGGAUUGGGGUGAUGAACUCGGCAAUGCAAAUCACCGGUAUAGAUCUCAGUCCUCAACCGAACGCCACAAAAUGGCACGCAUUAUUUUUCAUUGUUUUCAACAUGACCGGAGCAGUAUUCGUUUUAACAUUAUUUAUUAGUGUAAUCAUAACGAAUUUCCAAAAGAAAUCCGGCGAUGCAUAUCUAACUGAGGAGCAAAAGAGAUGGAACGAUUUGAAGAAAUUACUAAAACGGAUUAAACCCUCAAAAAUACCUAAAGUUCGACCUACGGGUCGUUUUCGAGAAUUUUGCUAUGAUUACGCAUGUGAGAAAAGGGGGACAUUUUCGCGUAUCAUGACCGUGAUCUAUAUUUUACACAUGAUUUUGCUUAUGACUGAAUUCUAUCGGGCUCCAAAAUGGUGGGAAAUUUCAAGAGUGACUGUGCUCUUAAUAUUUAUUGGAAUAUAUAUAAUAGAACUUGGGAUGAAAUUACUAGGUUUAGGAUGGAAGGUCUUCCGGGCGAAUCAUUGGAAUUUAUUUGAUUUGGUUGUGGUUGCGGGAGCAGCGAUAACGACGGUCCCAAGUUUAAUCGUCGAAUCAGAUGGCAUGAUCAUACAAUUUCAGAAAAUCUUCCUUUGCUUGAUUACCUUCAAGCUGUUCCAAAAAAGUGAUGUGAUGAACCAACUUUUUAAGAACACUAUUGGAAGUCUGCCUUCGAUAUUCAACCUCUUCGCAGUUUGGUUUAUCGUUUUCGUGAUAUACUCGAUAGUGUUUAUGGAAAUCUUUGGACUCACGAGAUAUGGACAAAACGGAAAUGACCACGUGAAUUUCCGUCACUUUGGUAUUUCCAUGUUGACAUUUUUCAGGAUGUCUACUGGGGAACAAUGGAAUUCUUUGAUGCACGACUUUUCUGUUGAAUCUCCAAAUUGCGUGCAAGAUGAUAACUUUUUGAAUUCUGAUUGUGGAAGUAGAACAUGGGCAUACAUUCUAUUUAUCUCAUGGAACGUACUCUCCAUGUACAUAUUCGCCAAUAUGUUUAUCGGUUUGAAAGCCUGGGGUGCAAUUGACACAGAAAGAACUGGAUACAUAAAAAGCGAAAAUAUUGGCAAAUUCUUUUCGAAACUCGAAGGCUCAUUUCAAGUUCGCAUAUAUGACAGCGAACAUUUAAUAUCAAAUCUGAUAUUAAAUUCACGGGUUGUUUACACACCAACCGCCGAGGUUGAUACCGGAAAGAUGACUUCGAGUAUAGCGACCAACAGAAAGUCUAAUCCUCUGGUGGAGGGAAAUAUGGAUAUCAGGAAGUUGGAACAGAAUAUAAAAAACAUUAGCCCUUCUAAAACCUUUGAACGGAAGAGGAUUUAUAAUAUGAUUUACCAGGAAGCAAUGUUGUCAACUGAAAGAGAUGUUCACGGAAACGAAAAGGGAAUUUCGUUCACGAACAUGCUCUUGCUGCUCGCUCAUUAUAAACUUGUGAAUGACGAAAAAUGUUUAACGAUCAACGAGUACAUCAAGAGGGCCAACAAAUUGGAGAGGGUAAAAGAUAACGUUAGUAGAGAUCGCGUAAAAUCUCUAUUACGUACAAUCUAUUGGCGUAGAAAAUUCAAAGCCAUCAGAGAAAAUAGGAGGAGUAAAGUCGAAUCUGUUCCACUUAUAAUGGUUAAUAAUCAAGAAUCACAAUUACCCACACUUCAAAUAAGCACGCCGUCACUUGGUCGCAUAUCUUUUCAAUCGAAUUCACCGACAACUCCGACAUUCGCCGCAACAUCACAAACUCCUAAUUCGCCUAGUUCCCAAAUUUCUGAACGUGAUAGGUCUAUAGCUGCAUCGGAGUUUAAUUUAGAAAAUUCUCCGAGAGCCUCUCACGAUUCGGACGGCGGAUACUUUCUGGGAGCCAGUACCAGUAACAUAUGGAGUUCUUCGGACACCAAUAGAGAUAUGGAUGACGUUACCGCUGAGCAGGUUCUUAAUAGUUUUCAAAGCAAUUCUUGGCAUGCAAUCUUGCAGGAAAUGUCACAAAACGAAGAAAAUAGUCAAAGUCAACAAUAA